GUUUAAAGUUAUCAGGAGGGUCCGUCUGCGGACAGGGCACUAUCAAUUUGGUUCCUAUCGCAAAUUUGAUAUUGUAGUCGCCAUUUCUUUUCAUCGUCACAACUUAUAUUGCUAAAACUAAACACUUAGACUAAUAUUUAGUUUUGAUCAAGCAUUGUUUAGAUGUGGUGAAUAAUUGAUUUGCACUGCAAAAUGAUGCAUCACCAGAGCAACGUUGACGUUUCUCCAAUUUUCUAGCUAGCAAACUUUUAAACUGCACAAGUGAAGUUAACCAGCAACCCAUGUAUAUAAAAUAAAUUGCAUUUGUUCAGAUAAUUUGGUGACAGUACUCGGUAACUUUGCAAGACUCAAUAUGACCUUCCGAAAAUGGUACCCCAACCUGGCUGUGGUCGCACGUGUCCGAUUUGACCAAGAUCAGGAGGGAGUUGUCGUCCAGAGAGAUGUCACGCGCAAAGGCAAGCUACCAGGAGAGCAUGACAACAGAGUCGCGGGCCCUCAGUUCUGGGGGGGCCGUAUGAGUCGGGGCCCCUUUAGGGGCCCAAUCUACUACGACGGUCCGGCCAGGCAGCAGAGGCCUCGAGGGGGCCAAAUGGGUGGGUUCAGGGGCCCUGGACCAGGACCUCGGGUCCGGUUCGAAGAUAACUAUGUAGACGUAACUAUGAACAGCGGGAGCCCACAGGAUGGCAGCUCUCACCGCAGAUUCAACCCGUACAGGUGGCCGAAUUGGAAAGGCGAUGGACAAUUUGACCGAGACAGAAGAGGAGCUGGGGGCUACAAAGGAGGAGGUGGAGGAGGGAGAGAAGGAGACGGAGGAGGAAAAGACAAGAGAAGUUGGUACAAGAUGAUUAUUCCCUAUGGGAGGAAAUACGACAAGAAAUGGCUGCUGACGGCUUUACAGAACCUGUGCUCCGUACCCUUCACACCUGUUCAGUACCAGAUUGAAGGCCAUAAAGCCCAGUUCUACCUCGAGGAUGCCUGCACAGCCAACGCACUGUGCAGAGUCUCUCGCCAAAUCACAGACACUGAGGGCUACAAGGUGAUAGUGCUGAUGAACCCCUGUCCUCCUCCCGCCAUCCUCAACACCCAACUGAAGCCUGAAGACAUGGAGCACUUAAAGCAAUGCAUGGCCAAGCGUUUUGAUGGCUCCCAGCGAGCACUGGACCUGAACAACAUCCGUACUGACCCAGACUUGGUGUCUCAGAACAUCAGGGCGAUCUUGAGCAGAAAGACCUUUAUGGAUGCUGUGGUCAAGAUCAUUGAGGAAAACAUCCCUGAGCUGGUGUGUCUGAACUUGAGCAAUAACAAGCUGUAUAAACUGGAAGAUGUGGCAGAUCUGAUAAGCAAGGCCCCACACCUGAAGAUCCUCAACCUCUCCCACAAUGAGUUGAAGUCAGAGAAGGAGCUGGAUAGGUUGAAGGGUUUGAAGCUGGUUGAGCUGUGGUUGGACCGUAACCCACUGUGUGACCAGUUCAAGGACCAGCUCACCUACAUCAGUGCUAUCAGGGAGAGGUUUCCCCGGCUACUCAAACUGGAUGGUCAUGACCUCCCCCCGCCGAUAGUGUUUGAAGUGGUAACACCCACCACUACCCCCCCCUGCAAGGGUAGCUACUUCGGUUCAGAAGAAAUCAAGGUCCUCAUCUUGCAUUUCCUGCAACAGUACUACAGUGUAUAUGACUCUGGGAACAGACAGCCUCUUCUAGAUGCCUACCAUGAUGGUGCCUCCUUCUCACUCAGCUUGCCCUCCAGUCAAAACCCAAACAGGUGUAGUUUGAGAGACUACCAUAAAGACAGCCGUAACAUAAAGCGACUCAAAGAUCCAUCAACACGGUUCCGCCUACUGAAGCACACACGGCUGAACGUGGUGGCGUUGCUCAACGAGCUGCCUAAAACUCAGCAUGACACAGCCUCCUUCAAUGUAGACGUCAACACCUACACGACCACGUUACUGUCCUUUACGGUCAGCGGCAUGUUCAAAGAAGUUGAUGGUAAAUCUCAAGACGCGGUUAGGGCCUUCUCUCGGGUCUUCAUCGCAGUUCCUGCAGGAAUUUCAGGUCUAUGCAUAGUGAAUGACGAGCUAUUUGUGCGCAUCGCUACAACAGAGGAGAUCCAGCAUGCGUUCGCUGCUUCCGCCACCACUCCCUCCAGCAGCCCAGUGCCCACCCUCACCGCCCCCCAGCAGGAGAUGCUCUCCGCCUUCUCCCUCAAGUCUGGCAUGAACCUUGAGUGGUCGCAGAAGUGUCUUCAGGACAAUGAGUGGGAUUUCAACAAAGCUGCACAGAUCUUCACACAAUUAAAAAUUGAAGGCAAGAUUCCAGAUGUCGCUUUUAUAAAGUGAAGUUGGAAGAAUACAUGCUGUUGAUAGUGAACAUUAGAUUUUCUGUUAAGAAUUGGACAAGAAUAGAAUUGUAUAUAUUUUAUGGGUUUUGGUUUUAUCCUUUAUUCUUUGUUGUUUUACUGAAGUAGAAAGAUAAUGUCCACAACAAUGACUUUCUGCUCCAUUGUUUUAGUAACAGUGUCAAGGUUGUUUGACUUGAUGACUGAUGUUAUGAUAAAAUCUUGGUUAUUGUAACCUUAGUUUAAAGUCAUGUUUUCAUUGUAAUACAGUAAAAGAAAAAGCAAUUGGUUUUGAAUUUGUGUUCAACCUGUUUUCAAGAUUGUUUGUUAUGAAAAUGUAUCAAAUUCACACAUUCUCUGAAAAUAAAUUGUAUUCCACAGCAAAA